AUGCAAUUGCUUUGGGUUUCGGGCGUUUCCUGGGAUGGAGAUGUCCCGGAAAGCAUCAGGCUGGAAUGGCAGGAAUUCAAAACUCAACUCUCGUCGCUGAGUGCUGUAGCUGUGCCACGCCGUUUAGUCGGGAAAUUCGACGUGCUACAUCUCCACGGAUUUUGUGACGCGUCAGAACGUGGCUUCUGUGCCGUAAUCUACUGCCGUACAGUAACUGAGGAGGGUGACGUCGACGUCCAGCUCGUGUGUGCUAAGUCCAAGGUCGCGCCAUUGCGUAAAUUGUCGGUGCCGCGUCUCGAAUUGCUCGCAGCGGUUCUGCUGUCUGACUUGAUGGCUUCGGUCGUGGAGGCUUUGAAGCCUUUCCACUCGGUAGACAGAAUCUUUGCAUGGUCGGACUCAAGUGUGACGUUGACCUGGAUUAAGUCGUGUCCGUCCAGGUGGAAAACGUUCGUGGCCAACCGUGUGAGUCAUAUCCAAGACGUUAUUCCUCCCGAUUCUUGGCAUCAUGUCAGAACCACUGACAAUCCAGCCGACUGCGGAUCGCGUGGUUUGCUUCCCCAAGAUUUAGUCAGCCAAACUUGCUGGUGGAGCGGGCCUGAUUGGCUCAGGCACCCUACUGAGAGCUGGCCUAAGUCAGUGCUGAUGCCAGAUAAGGACGUUCUCCAUGAUGAGCAAAAGAUUACAGUCCUCGUAGUGUCCAAUGACAAUGCAUUAAUCGACAACCUACUGGAGAAGUUUUCGUCGUUAAGAACACUUCAACGUGUUUUAGCGUAUUGUUGCCGCUUCGCGAACAACACGAAGAACCGAAAAACGUCCGGGAAGUUGUUACACGGUCCUUUAACAUCUUUCGAAAUAAGGCAGGCACUCAUGGUUCUUGUACGUUUCGUGCAGCAGCGCAGCUUCGCUCAGGAAAUCGAAAUCAUUUUGAACAAUCAUUCGAACUCUCUCCCAAAAGCGUUCAGAAAACUGUCCCCAUUCAUGGAUGACGCGGGUCUCUUGAGGGUGGGCGGUCGCCUGUCGCGAGCUUCUCUCGACUUCGACGUGAAGCAUCCUUUGCUUCUACCUCGCGACAAUCGGCUGACCUUCCUUCUUAUCGAUGAUUAUCAUAAGCCAUUCAUGCAUCCAGGCAUCCAAACACUUCAUAACUUGCUAGCGCAACAUUUCUGGAUUAUGUGUCCGAAACGGGCUAUUUAUGCAGUUGUAUCGAAGUGCAUGAAGUGCUUUCGGGUGCGGCCACCGGGUGCUCCUGCGCCAUUCAUGGGCGACUUACCAUCGUAUCGAAUAUCCAAGCUGAAGGCUUUCUCGAGCGCAGCGGUUGACUUUGGUGGGCCUUUCGACAUCGCUCUCGGUCGCGGACGUGGUAACAAGACGUACAAAGGUUAUAUUUGCGUCUUUGUCUGUACCGCAACAAAGGCCAUUCAUACCGAGCUCGUCACCGAGUUGUCCUCGGAUGCUUUUCUCGCCGCACUUCGGCGUUUCGUCGCUCGCCGUGGUCGGUGCAGCCGGUUAGUGUCUGACCAAGGUAAAAAUUUUGUCGGUGCGAACAACAUCCUGCAACGCCUAGUGAAGGAUGCUGCCGCACACCAUACAAUUCACUUCGAAUUCAACCCGCCGGGUAGCCCACAUUUUUCAGGACUCGCUGAAGCUGGAAUUAAAGCUGUUAAAACACACUUGUCGCGUGUCGUCGGGAACCAAAGGUUGACAUACGAGGAAUUCUCGACGAUCUUAGCCCAAGUCGAGGCUUUACUCAACUUAAGGCCACUAACUCCUCUCAGCACCGACCCCAACGACCUGUCGGCCUUGACACCGGGUCAUUUCCUCACCACGGAACCCCUAUCGGUCGUACCUGAGGAAGACUUCUCAGACGUUCGGGUUAGCCCUCUCCAACGCUGGAAGUUGCUUCAGAAGAUGCACCAGGACUUCUGGAACAAAUGGUCGAAGGAGUAUAUGCAUACUCUCCAGCAGCGGAUGAAGUGGCACGACAGACAGCCUAACGUCCAAGUUGGCACACUUGUGCUCGUUGUGAACGAGCAGACGAGCCCAAUGAAGUGGCCCCUGGGUCGCAUUAUCGACACACACCCCGGAUCUGACGGGAUCUGUCGUGUGGUUACUGUGCGCACUGCCACAGGGUUGUACAAACGGCCUGUGGUCAAGCUGUGUCCACUACCUGCGUAG